AUGGUUCUUAUUCUCCAUCACUAGAAACUGAAGAUUAAAGGAACUUUACUCCAAGUACAGUUUAAUCAAUUAAGAUGGAUCUCCUUCAUAGCAAUGGAGUGCUUAUCAUUCAGCAUUUACAGAGGGACUACAGGGCUUACCAGGAUUUCCUUAAUUUUAUGUCACAUGUUGGAGAUCCCCGGAAUAUAUUCUCAAUUUAUUUUCCUCUUUGGUUUCAGCUUAACCAAGUGGUUGGUACUAAAAUGAUAUGGGUGGCAGUUAUUGGUGAUUGGUUCAACCUCAUAUUUAAAUGGAUUUUGUUUGGCCAUCGCCCAUACUGGUGGGUGCAAGAAACAAUGAUUUAUCCCAAUCAGUCAAGCCCAUGCCUUGAACAGUUUCCUAUAACUUGUGAAACUGGACCAGGGAGCCCAUCUGGACAUGCCAUGGGAUCUUCCUGUGUCUGGUAUGUGAUGGUCACAGCAGCACUUAGCUACACAGUUAGAUUGAAAGAUAAAUCAGCAGUGACCCUUCACAGACUGACAUGGUCGUUCCUCUGGAGUAUUUUUUGGAUUAUCCAGAUCAGUGUGUGCAUCUCAAGAGUAUUCAUAGCAACACAUUUCCCUCAUCAAGUUAUUCUUGGAGUAUUUGCUGGCAUUCUUGUGGCAGAAGCAUUUGAGCAUACCCCUGCUAUUCAGACAGCAAGCUUGAGAAUGUACAUCAAGACAAACUUGUUUCUUUUCAUCUUUCCCCUUGGAUUUUAUCUAGUCCUCAAGCAUCUUGAUAUUGACUUGCUAUGGUCUGUUCCAAAGGCUAAGAAGUGGUGUGCCAACCCAGACUGGAUAAACAUUGACACAACGCCAUUUGCUGGACUGAGCAAAAAAAUGAAGAAGGUUGUCUCUAAUGAAAAUACCUCAGCAUAUCACCUCCAGGAAAGUUGUUCAUGCUCCUGUAUUGCAAAGGUAAAUGAGCUGAAUUCUCUCAUUUCAAGCAUCAUCGGCCUGAAUUACUGUUUGUUGCAUAAAUCAUGAAAAUGUGAUUGCAGACUAAGUCAUUGCAAGUUUAUAUUCUUGUCAGCUUGGUUUAAGAACAUGAGUAACUGAUGUGUUAAAUAUAUGUUGCUCCUUAAAAUGGAUGCUUUAAAUAGGCAAAGACAGGUACUUUCCCAUUUUAUUAAUUUAGCACCUACUGUUGUAUGUUCUCUUUCUGUGCACAAUCUUUAAACAACAUUUUGCUGAUAUCAUCUUGUAAACUUGGUAUACAAGCAGCAUAGAGCUGUAAUAUAGAUCAUGCAGGCUGUGUGCAUGAGCUGAUAGUCAUAAGGCUUAGAGGAUGUAAACAUGAUAUUGCUUCUAGAUUUCCAAAUUAGUUGUGGGAUAAAUGAAAUGGAAAGAGUCUUGUUUAAUUGGGAAAACAAGGUGAAUAGUUUGAGUUGGCCCUUGGGAAUGAACACGAUGCAAAUUACAGAAGAAAAUCCGAAACAGACAUCCUUAUUUAAGAGCCUGCUAAGACUGUGUUGACUUAAAAACAUUAUUAAUCUGCUUUUAACAGUCUAAGGAGUAGUCUGUUUUAUGCAUCUUCUGGUGUCUUCUGUAAUGGUUCUCUGAAGUCUUUUUUUCCUGCAGCAGCUGGCCUGGAACCAGUAUUUUCAGUAAUUGUGACUCCUUAAGCAAAAUGACUAAGCUAAUGGGACUAGAAACAAAUAAUGAAGAAAGAGAGGUAGGACAAAGAUUUAUCCUGUAUUCAAGAUGCUCUGUGGUUUGUUAUUCCUUCCCAGUGAGUGACCUACAGAGCCAUGAUAAAAUGCUAGAAGGUUGAUCCAGCUGUUCCUCACACUUUAUGGCCAGCAGCAGGAGAUUGUCAUCUGUGAUUCUUGCAGCAUGUUUGGGCAUACUAGCACUGUUGGCUAUUUUAAGCUGUGGGUUAUCAGCAGACAUCAUGUUUCUAAGCUCCUAGCACAUGAGGGUCUGUUCUUCAUGGCACUGACAUGAUACAAAGAGCUAAUUAUGGCUGGUGGAUUGUUUUUUUUCCCCACCUUUACUGAACAUAAUUAUGAUUUCUGUAAAAAUACUUACCAUUGUCUUACCUUCUGAAAAAAACAAAAAGUUACCUAGCACUGUUUCAACAGAAAUUGUUUAAAUAACUGUGACAAUUAAUGGUAGGAUUUUGCAUUGAUUUAGCUAAAUCAUUUGAUCCAAGUCAAAAUUUGAUAGUUUUGAUCGGAGUGGUGAGUGCAGGGAAAAUGAUCCUCACCAUCUUCCGUUCCCCUUCUUUACUGCUUUUCUUACUUUAGUGAAGCUGCCUUCUUGGUAAGGACUCAGUGGCUUUGCUGAAGGGGCAGGGCUGUGCCAGGCACCGGGAGCCCAGCCUGCACAACAGCACAGCUGACACCAGUGGCAUGGAGGGGUGGCAGCGUGAGGUUCUGGACCCACAGUAAGGGUAUCUGCUGUAAUCCUCUGCAGACCAAAUGUCAGGAGAGAUUUGAUUCCUUCAGAUACACAGCAUCAUUCUUGGGAUUGGUUUUUUAUUCACAGAGUGUACCCAGACAAAUGGCUGUUUCCAGAAGACCAGCAUGGAGUCUUGCUUAUUUGCUAGUUGAGGAGGGACAAGACUGUGCAGUCUGACUGCACAUGGUGGCAGUUCCCAGCUCACCAUCAGAGAUCUUUCCCAUUUUCAGGCUUCCUUUCCCUUAGCAGUGGGCUAAGCUACUUUCCAAAUGCAACAGCCUGUGCUCAGUCCCCUGUGUGUGCCUGACAGUUGUGCCAGAUGCAUAAAGCUGCAUACAUUGAGGGUACCACGGAACUCACACCAUUGUAGAGCACUUCGUAGCACAAUGGGGUACCACUGUACCCACACCUACCAUGGAGUCUUUGCUUGCAGAAAAGGAAUCUUUUAAAUUUAGAAUCACAGUAAUUCAGCUAAUUGGGGCUCCAGUGGUGACAAGCUUAUAAUAAGCUCCUUCUAUGGCCAUCAGUUCAUCAUGAGUGCCCCUUUCAAUAACGAGUCCUUGUGACAUCACAGCGAUGAUGUCUGCAUUCUGGAUGGUGGACAAGCGGUGGGCAAUGACAAUGCAGGUCCUCCCUUCUCUGGCCUUAUCCAGCGCUGCCUGCACAGUCUGAAAGCAACAGAGACAGUGUUGGAGUGAAAAUAGGCAAACCAAACUGGGAUUCAGAGCUGGAGAAACACAGGGAAUUAGUAUGCAUGUUUCUGGAAAAGUGCUGCCUCUCAUUGGCAAUCUAAGAGCCUGUGUAGCUGCCUGCUUUUUUAAUAUUUUGCUUUCUGGAUCUAGAGGUGAAAGUGCUGAAUUAGCAAUGUGGAGUAACACUGCAGUCAUGUAGUGGAGUAAGUCAAAAUGUCCCUAUAGAACAGAAAAGAGCACUGUGCACUGUAAGCCAUUGUAUUAACUUUCCCUUAUUGCUGAGCACUGUGCAUUUACCUUUUCACUUUCUGUGUCCAAGGCAGAUGUAGCUUCAUCCAGUAGUAAAAUUUUAGGAUCCCGUAUGAUGGCCCUCGCUAUAGCGAUGCGUUGCUUUUGCCCCCGGGACAGCUGCGAUCCUUGAGCCCCAACAUGCGUUUCGUAUUUCUGAAAAAGAGACAAAAGGAAGAUUUUAUUCAGGCAUAAGCAAACACAACCAGUUCACAACCUGAAGGAAGAGCUGGAGAGAGGCAAGAGCACUGAGCAUGGCUCCCUCCUCCUUAAAAAACCAAACAAUGCAGAACCACUGUACAAGUGAUGCACAGCUCUGGGGAGAUGUUUCCAAGCCAUGUGCCGCAGUGCACAUGGCCCAGAGCCCCAGGCCUGGUGACAUGCUUGGAAGAAAAAGCUGAUAGCAAAAUGUUGGGUGAUUUGUCUGAGGCAUAAGAAGGAGGUUUAAAGUGAUUUAAGGGCUUUCUGGACAAGUGGGGUUUUUUGAGUGCCUAAAUGGUAUUCAUACCUUUUAUGUUCUUCUGAUUUACAUUAUUUUGGUGCAUUUAAAUACUUCUCAAGUGCAUCUAGGUAGCCAGCUUCAAAUAUCAUGGCCUAGUCACUAGCGACAUCUUCCACAGCUGGGAACAGGAUUUAUAUAUCCUGACUCAGUGUAACAGUGACUGCUGCACUGUGCUGCUGCUGCUUUCUUGUCCAGGGCUUUGAAAAAAUCUUCCCUUUUCUCCUAGUUCAGCCUUGUAAUUGCUGGUUUCAGUUUUAUAAAUAUUUGCCUACUGUGUAAAAAUCCAGUAGCAACUCACGCACAAAUUCUCAUGUACAUAAAGAACGGUCAUGACACUCUCUUUGCUCCCACUGCUACAGAUGUAAAUGUAAAUAAAAGGUACAAGUGUGUAGCAACUUUAACUGGGUUUGGAGCAUCUCCUGCUGCAAUGAACACCAAGCAACCUAUCUGCAGAUCCACAGCCAGGACCUCACAGGUACUUACAUGAGGCAGCGACAUGACAAAAUCAUGCAGCUGAGCCAUCUGGGCUGCUUCUAUGACUUUUUCCAUCGUCGUCUCUUUGGUGUUACUGCCGUAUUUGAUGUUAUCAGCAAUGCUGCAGUCAAACAGCACAGGUUCCUGGGACACUAUUCCAAUUUUUGAUCUAAGAAAUUGUACGUUUACUUUCUUGGUGUCACGUCCAUCUACUAACUACAAGGAAAUAGGAGAAAAUCUGAAAUAUCAUUCCAAAACAACAACUUGUAAAACCCAAAGAGUUUAUGGCAAAACUAAAUUAUUUAGCUAUAUUACUAAAAUGUAAACUCAACUGAUUUGAAGAAUUUGCCUGUAUUUGACUCCUUUGUGCAUUAUGUGUAUUUUCCAGGUAUGUGUCUGUGAUCCAGCCAAACACUAGACCAUUUGCUUAAUCUUAAGUCCAAGGGAACAAUUUAAUUGCUUAAGGUUAGGCACAUGUUUUGUUGCCUUCCUGGCAUAACAUUCAUCAUACUUACUUUUUCAAAGAAAGAGAAAUCAAACUAGGUGAUUUAGUAUUUACAUGAGGAAAAGACAUAAAAACGUUUAAAGCUAUCAGCAGUUAACUAACUGGAAGUUAAAUCUAGACAAAUUCAACCUGCAAAGAAGCUGCAUGGUGAAUCUAUAUAUUUAGAGAUGUUGGGGACUCUUUGUUGCUCCAUUCAGGCUUGAUUUUUACUUGUGCUCCCACAUUAUAUGUUUCAUACAGGAGCUACACAGGUGACUGCCUAUAGCUUCAUAAUGCAUGAGGCUACACACCUGAGGUUUGUACUGUUUCAUCUUGCCUGAAUACAUCUGAGAUGAUACUCAGGAAUUGUCAGAACAGUCCAUGUUUGUACGAGAAGGAGCUGAAGCCCAAGCUGCAUAUAUGUAUUUGCCACCACUGCCAGGCUGCACAGUAGGGGACACAUUCAAAAGAGUCCCUGUAGCAUUGCUGAAAAAAACAGCACCCCAACCCACGUUUCCUUUGCUUACCACACUUCCUUUCUCAGGGUCAUAGAAACGCUCCAGAAGCUGGACACUGGUGCUCUUACCACAGCCACUACUUCCAACAAAUGCCAAAGUCUGUCCAGGUUUAACAGCUACAGAGAGUCCUUUCAGGACCUGAAUAUCAGGCCGAGAAGGGUAUGUGAAUUUACAGUUAAGAAAUUCAAUGCCUCCUUUGAAGUCAUCCUGGUGAAAAAAAAUUGAGAAAGAUACUACAGUGAGCUCGAGCUCAAAUCCGAGUUGUAAAGUACAAAGUAACUCUUCCUCAGGUUCCAUUCUUGUAUCUCUUAUUUAAAAUAUGACAUUAAUGCUUGUGAAAUUAGCCCAGAAAGAGGGAUAAAAACCAUACUGGAGUAGCUGCCCUAGAGGUGAAGCAAUUAGUCAUCACACUGUUGCUCUGCUUAUACUUCCCUUACUGCACUGGUCAGAGGCAUCAGCUGGAAACAGGACUUAAAGCGGUAAGUUCUUUAUUUUAAUACAGACACUGUGUAAGUGGGAAUUUGGUGAUAGCCCAAAUAUAUUUGUGCAAAGCUGUAUUUGAUUAAAAAAAUUAAAUCAAUUUAACUUUGCAAGGUUAAUACAUGAAUUCAGGUCAAUUUUCCCAAAACUCUUAAACUCUUACAGAACUCUGAAGGGAAUUAAUAUACUUCAUUUGCUUGUAACUAUUAAAUUUUAUUUUAGAUCUGAAAAAAGUAUCAAAACCAAACUUUUAAUUUUUUGGGUCUGACUUUCCAGUUCACCAAAGAUUGAGCAUUUUCAUUUUGUCUGACUCCAAGAUGAUUUGCCUCCUCACGAGCACCCCCAACAUUUUGAGGUGAAUGGAAAAAAAGUCUCCAGUAUAAACCAGACAUAGUCAGGUUUAUGUGCAAGGUGUAGAGCAGAAAGAAAACAUAAUCCAUUCUGUAAGUCAUCCAAAUUGGUUCCGUUCCAGUCUACAGGAGUUUUACACUGACAGAUUCCUAACAGCCACACUUGGAUUACCCCUGCUGUCUAGUCCAAAAGAGCAAAGCAACAGCUAUACAAUCUGCAUCACCUUUCUGUAAAGCAGUGAUCUCACUGGCUUCUCAAUUACUAUUUGGGCUGAAUGACAUCACAAAUUUCUCAUCUCUGCUCUUACCCAUUUUUCCCCGUUUUCACUGUAAACGCUGAUUUUAGGAAGACGAUCAACCAGUUGAAAAAAGCGUGCAGCAGAUGUUUUGGCUUUGGCAUAGUUUGGGGUGUAGGAAGAAGCUCUUCCCAAAGCUGUUCCACUGGUCACGACAGCAGAGAUCACCCUGCAGGGAAGGGGGACACAAGUCAUUCUUGGGAAGCCAUCAAGAAGCUGAACGCUGCCCCGAGACCAGCCCUUCUGGAGAGGCUCUCACCUGAACACAAAGCUGUAGUGGAGUCCUUCAGUGUCAACAAGGAACCCUCCGUAUCUGUAGGAGACGGCAUUGGCGAUGAACACUAUGCUCUGGGCAAAGCCGAAGCAGAGUCCGUAAACAUGUGCUUUUUUGAUUGCAGCUCUAUAGGGCAAAUCCAGGUGCUUCUCAAAAUUGUCAAUAAACAUUUUCUCUUUCCCUA